AUGACUUUCUUUCCGAAGGUUUUUGACAUCUCCAAGACAGACAAUUCUUCCACGGAAGAAGGAUCCAGAAGCAAGAUAUUAUGCAACGAGCAUCACCCUCUCGACAAGGGGCACUUUACGGCAACCAUACGAGCUUUUAGCAAUAGUAUUAAACUGGCAAUGAGGGGCAACCCAGGGCCCAAAGAAACGGUCCCCAUACUCCAAAAUGAAGAUGCGCCACAUGAUGUCACAGCGGAAGAAAUCGAGUUCCAACCGAUCUGCGUGGCAUUUUCGUGGUUUAUACUCGGCCUCGCUAUGGCUUGCUUACUAGUCUGCAUCACGCUUACGCUGAGUUCACGUAGUUCUAGCGAAAGUGAAGAUUAUAAAGCCGGAACAAUACCAUCAAGUAAUAUCAACGAUGAGGAAAAGCAGCUGCUUUUUUCCGAUAUGGCCUAG